UAUUAUCGUUUAAAAAGUAGUAAAUAGUCCAAAUACCCCUACUUGGCAACAAUAACUAUUCCAAGUGAUUAGUAGUAAAGUAAACAGGUUAUAUGUAAAUGCAACUGACUGAACUUAUAUAAUGCUCAGGUUUUGUAUUGCGGCAGUGAUCUUUUCCUCCUAUAAAAUUUGAAUCAUGCGAGAAAGGCAAAUUAUCCAGCCCUAAUAUCAUUACAAUUGGAUAUAGUUAUACUACGUAUUUACUUAAUCUUUAAAGUAGAAUAUAUAUAAGAAUGGCUGACUUAUUUGCCAAUUAUGAAUCGGAUUUUAAAUUCGCUUUACAAGAAGCGAAAUCGAAAUUAGAUCAAAUUUCAACUAUACAAGGAGAUGAAAGAAAGCUUUAUUUAAAGGGUAUUGAAAAUGCCAUUGAAGAAGGGUUGGAAAUGAUAGAUCAAAUGGCUAUAGAAGUACAAAAUUUACCUACCAAUCAACGAUCAUCAUAUAAUACCAAGAUACGUCAAUAUAAAUCACAAGUUGAUGAAAGUAAAUCUAGGUUAAAUCAAAUAUUAGAUAAUGAAGAUAAACGUGAAUUAUUUGGAGGUAGAUAUAGUGAUAAUGGUAAUGGAGAAUUUGGAGAUUCUAUACAUGAUCAACAACGUAAACAAUUACUUAAUAAUAAUUCAUCAUUAGAAAGGUCAAGUCAAAGAUUAAAAGAUAGUCAAAGAAUCGCAUUAGAGACGGAAUCUGUAGGAGGAGAUAUUUUAAAUAAUUUACGAACUCAACGAGAACAAAUUCAAGGAUCAAGAUUGACUCUUCUGACAGCCGAUACUUAUGUUGAUAAAUCUAUUAAAACUUUAAAAUCAAUGAGUCGAAGAUUGGUAGCUAAUAAAUUUAUAAGUUAUGCUAUAAUAGGUGUUUUAAUAGUAUUAAUAUUCUUAGUUCUAGCCAGUAAAUUCUGGUAAGAUGAAUUCAGAUUUAACUAUAACUAUAACAGUAUUCAAUUCUAUAAUAAACUUGCUUUCUACAUUUUAUAUACGUCCUCCACUUUCAGACUCAAUGUACUAAUUACUACAAAAGUUUUAUAUAUGUAGCUUUACCCCUAAAUUUAACUGAAUUUAACUGACACAUUGUACUUUGGAGUUUGGUGCUUAUUUCCUAAUCGGACCGUAACUUUUAGUAAUCGCCGUUUUUUCAUUUAUCGAUUUCUUUUUUUUUUUUU